AUGGCUAUGCCUUGUGUGCACGCAGUUGGUGCUAUAAAUUCCGCAGGAUUCGCGAUCGAAGAUUAUGUUGGUUCAUAUUAUCUCGCCUCCACUUUGCGGAAUACCUAUCAGGGAGAAGUUUUGAUGAUAUCGUCCGUGGAUAUUGCAGAAGCUCACGCAGAAGUAGUUUUGCCACCUGUUGUUGAGCGCAGGCCCGGCCGUCCCAAAAAAAGAAGAGUAAGAUCUUCUACUGAGGAAGAUAAAAGAACCUUGAGCUGCUCUCAAUGUUCAGGGACAGGGCAUAAUAAAAGGACGUGCAACAAAUAG